AUGCCGAUCUUGACCAGGGCGACGAAAGCUGCUGCUACCAUGACGACGCAGGAGGGUCUGACUGUCCCGCCGCUGGAGCAGACGGCUGGCGCGGAAACGAGUGCUGGAACCCACGCUGCUCUUCCUGCUGAAGGCCAGGUCGCUCCAGUGAUCACGCCGGCUCCUGCAUCUCCCGUUCCGCAACAGGUGGCGCCUACGCCUACGGCUUCGUCUACGCAUGCUUCUGUUGGAGAGGAAGAGGAGGACGAGGAUGACGAUGAUGGGUACUUAAGUGACGAUCCGGAUGAAGGCACUGAAGUGCAUGCUAAGGGUGCACUGGCGGCUAAGGCGCGCGUCACGCUGACACUCCUGAUCCCGUUCGAGCUGGCGAAGGAGAUGCCUGCGGUGAAACCUUCGGUGAAGGCUCUCCUGGUCUUCCUGCGGAAGAAGCUGUCGGACAAGGCUCUGGACGAGAUCGCGUUUCAGGAGCUGCUUCCGACAUACCUGUCCAAGAUUCACUUCAGCCGCCUGCAGGUCACGCUAGCGUCGGCUGAGGAUGCGGAGGUGGUGCGUCAGCAUCGUGUGGAGCAUGUCGCCGGAACCACGAAGCAUCAAUUCGGCUGGCUGCAUCCGGUGAACCGUGCCUACGUGAAAGCGAAAACUGACCUGCCGGAAGGUGUGGAAGUUUUGCUGAAGGGAGUCCCAGCGGAAAUCACGCCGCUCAUCGUUUAUGAAUCGCUGGUCGUCGCGAAGCUGCAGAAGCGCGGUCGUCCGGCAUUCCUGCAAGGCGCGGGUUUCCACCGUGUGGUUGACCCUGUUUCGGGCCUGGACACGGACAAGAUCCACGGGUUGGUGAACUCGCACCCAGGGGACAAGAACCGCUGGCGCCAUGCGGUGGAGGACCCGCUCACGGCCUCCCUCCAGUCGGCAGGGGUGGUGAGGAAGAUCCUUCGCGACCCGGCGCUGGUCCUUAUCUCGACGGGAGCCAAUGUGGAGGGAUGGCUGUGUGUUCAGGAGUGCUUCGAGCGUGCGCAUGGAGACACCUUCGCUCAGGCUGCGGCUCACAUUGGCUCCUUCAGCCAUUGUGCGGCGCUGGGUUCGGCAGGUGUUGCGACUUGCGCGACCAAGGCGAAGCAGAGCCUGCAUGCGGCAAAGAAGCUGUACGGGAUUCGUGCAGAGAAGGCGAAGGGGAAAUAG